AUGAUUGAUGUUCAAAACCAAAAACCAGAGGAACUCACGCCAUGGGUGGAAAAAUAUAGACCAAAUGUGUUAAAUGAUAUAAUUUCGCAUGAACAAGUUAUAUCAACAAUACAGAAGUUUGUUGAAAAGGGGGAAUUGCCUCAUUUAUUAUUACAUGGACCCCCAGGAACUGGUAAGACCUCUACCAUAUUAGCUGUGUGUAAAGAAUUAUAUGGAGACUCAAGAAGUUCAUUUGUUUUAGAAUUAAAUGCUUCUGAUGAUAGAGGCAUAAAUGUUGUUAGGGAUCAGAUAAAAACAUUUGCCGAAUCAAAAAAUCAUUAUAACACUUGCGAAAAAACGUCUUUAAAAUUAAUUAUUUUGGAUGAAGCUGAUCAUAUGACAUUUCCUGCACAAAAUGCAAUGAGAAGAAUUAUGGAGAACUAUGCUAAGAAUGUUCGUUUUUGCAUGUUAUGUAAUUAUGUAAAUAAAAUAACUCCUGCUAUUCAGUCAAGAUGUACAUCUUUCAAGUUCUCACCAUUAAAAGAGGAAUAUAUGAUAAACAAAGCAUUAGAUAUUGCAAAAUCUGAAAAUGUAAAACUUACAAAAGAAGGUUUAGAAAGUCUUAUACGUGUCGGACGUGGGGAUAUGAGGAGAAUUUUAAAUUGCCUGCAGGUAGUAUCAUUGAGCCACAAAAAUAUGACAAUUGAUGAAAAUGUAAUAUUAUCAACUCUAGAUAUUCCACUACCUAAUGAAGUAAAGGAUAUACUGGAACAUUUUAUGAAAAGUAGUAUAAAAGAAUCAUAUGAAUUUGUCACAAAAAUGCAAUACAGUAAAGGUUAUUCAAUAAAAGAUAUUAUGGUUUGUUUAUAUGAAUCAAUUUUAACUUAUGAUUUCCCAGAUUCUGCUGUUUGCCUACUACUUAAAAAUUUUGGAGAAAUAGAAGAACGAUGUUCUUCCGGAGCUAGUGAACAAAUCACUUUAUCUGCUUUAAUUAGUGCUUUUGUUGAAUUUAGAUCCGAACUUUUCAAAAUGAAAUAUGAUAUUAGUAACAUAUAA